AUGUCUUCGCUUUCUGCGCUCACCAAGUCGGCAACGCCGAUCUCCACCAACAUUCUCAUUGUCGGUGGCUCGUACAGUGGGCUCUCGGCGCUUGUCGCGUUGAAAAAUCACUUCCAGCAGAGACCUCCCUCGCUGAGAAUCUCCAUCACCCUCAUAGAACCAAAAGCUGGUUUACUCAAUGUCCUAGGCGUGCCUCGGGCCAUUGUGGACCCGGAGUUCGCUAAAACGCAGUUUGUGCCUCUCCAAGACCUUCAUGAUUUGUACUUUGAUCAUUUGGUGUCGGACGACGAGUACGUUUUACGCGAGCUCGGCGCCAAAGUGAAUUCCGACAACAACAAGGAGAUAGAAGUUACAUAUGCGCAGGGCAGUGUCACCAGCGUCAGCACCAAGAGUGCUGAGUACACUUUGAACAACAAGAGUGGAGGAUCCGCAUCAAUAUCGUUUGACUAUUGCGUGGUUGCAGCCGGAAGAAAUAGAUCGUGGCCUACAUCUCCCGACGCGUACAAUUACGAGAGUUACUUAAAAGAGAUGGCGAAUUUCAAUGCUCAGGCUAAAAGUGUUAAUAAAAUUGCCGUGGUUGGCGCGGGAGCAGUGGGAAUUGAAAUCGCCGGUGACAUAAAGACAAAACACCCUGACAAGGAAGUUAUGUUGAUUCAUCCGCACAAGAGAUUUCCUCCUGAACCACUCACAGAUGCAUUCAAAGAUGUUACCAGAGAGAGUCUUGAGCGAGCAGGGGUAAAGGUUAUGAUUGGAUUGAGAGUAAAGCGUGAGUUGGAAAAUAAUAACCUUGAGCUAGUCAACGGCGACAUCAUCGAGGCGGACUUCACAUACUGGUGUAACGCCUUCAAAAACAAUACCAACAUAUUGACUGGAGACCUCGCGAAGUACGUUUCUCCAAAAAAUAACGUCUACGUCAAUGAGUACUGUCAGCUCUAUCACCCAGAAGACAAGAGCAUAGUUGACAACAUCUUCUGUAUUGGUGACAUGGUGGAGUUAGACAUCAUAAAGUCAGCAGGGUGGGCUCUCUACAUGGGCCGCCAGGCUGCCAACAACUUGGUGGGACUACUCUUUGAGAAGAAGCUUGUUGAGCCAUUUCCUGACUUGACUCAGAUGCCACGCGGGAUGGUUCUAGUUGCAGGAAACGAGGAGAUUGUUUCUGAGCUAAUGGGCGAGGUAGAGUUAAACCACAAAGGAUAUGUGGAGGAGUACAAGGACUACUGUCUAGGGAAAGUGAGAGCGACGCUAGGCGCCUAG